UGGUAGCUACGUCCAGUUACUUUCACAGUUCCUUUAAUGUGUUGUUGACAGUUGUUGGUAAACAUCACUAUCAGCUGUGUUGUCUAUGGCAAGACUGGUAUGAAUGCGUUUUUAACGGUUUUGGCUAGGUUUCUAUUAACGUUCACAGCAGUGUGCUUUCCAUCAAAAUGGCUAUUAUGCAACCUUUGCUAGAAACUACCAUUGUACAGCGAGCAUAAUUAAAUGCCAUUGAACGUUACUCAACUGCUUGGAAUCUGUAAUGUAACGUAGCAUGUUUUCUGGAAUCUGAGUCGCACAUGUUUUUUAAAGGCUAUUUGUGUCGUUUUUACUAGGCUAUGAGCCCGCUACCAAUAAUGGCAGACAAUUUUGAGAGAGGGUCGGCUCAAUUGCAUGGAUAAGAUAGAAAACUAGCAUAACAGCUAAAUUCAAAUACCAGCAGAAGUCUAAGCGCGUAACAAAUGCCAUCUCAAUAACUUUGUGCAUGUGGGAAUAAUAAACUAAAAACCUGUACAAUGGAUCUCGCGCCAUUCCUUUAGUGUGCGUUCUAGAACUCCAAGAUUGCCCAGAUUGCCCACAUUCUAUCACAAUGAUAGCUUCUCUGGCGUAAUGCAUGUUUCCUUCAUCCUAAUGCGUUACACAAUCACAUACUAUGCUACGCCCCUACCACCACUGAGACAAUAUACAAAUAUAUGGUAAAAUGCAUGUAAAUUAUUGAAGGGCAUGUAUGAUCUAAUCUACAAUGAAAGCUAGUCUAUUUCCUAUGAUCUUGGGCUCUGUAACUGGAAUAUAUUGAGCUGUUGAUCCAAGCUCAAGAGUCACUUUGUGUCGACUUCACACCAGUUGAGAUCUCACCUGGGUACUGUCUAGGACAAAGAAGCCUGCCAAAUACUCUGAAAUAAUGGAAGAUUCCCAUUUCAACUCAUCAUACUUUUGGUCCCCCGUCCCUACAGUACAAGGACAGAUAGAGAACGCCAUGUUCCUGAACAAGAUGAAGGAUCAGUUGGGACCAGAGAAGGGCUCUCCCUCCUUCUCCCACUCGUCCUCGUCCUCCCACUACCCUGCCGCCGCACACACCGGCCCUCAGGGUUCCGUUGCCAUGGAUUCGGGGGCGGGAGUCAGGGUGCCCAAACAAGAGGGGGGAGGUGGACCCUCAAUGGGGGGUGGCGGGGGGCACCUGCAUCAGCCACACACCUCCCAGAACAUCACAGUGGUACCUGUCUCCUCCACUGGAAUCAUGACCGCAGCGGGGCUAGUGAUAACCACACCCCAAGGCACGCUGGUCUCCCCUCCUGCCUCCACACAAUCUUUCGUAUCCGGACCCCACACCACCACCAUGAUAGUGUCCGCACUGCACCCCACAAACACAGAGAGCAGCCAGCACUCUUCUCUCUACUACUACAGCCACAACAAGAAGGAUGACGUGGUUAUCCCCCAGGUUGUCAUGCCGACCCCAGGGAAGCGGGGCAGGAAGAAGAAGUCUAUGAUGCCCCGCGUGGGGGCUGCCCUGCCACCAGGGAGUGACGCCUUGAUCCUGGCACACCUGGCGGCUGGCGGGCAGCACCACUCUGCCGACCCCUACGACCUGUCUAAUGACGAGGAUGACCACGGCAACAAAGAUGGGACCAAAUCUUACAGGUGUCGGAUGUGCGCGGUGACCUUCUUCAGCAAGUCGGACAUGCAGAUCCACGCCAAGUCGCACACAGAGGCCAAGCCCCACAAGUGCCCGCACUGCUCCAAGUCCUUCGCCAACUCCAGCUACCUGGCCCAGCACAUCCGCAUCCACAGCGGGGCCAAGCCCUACACCUGCUCCUACUGCCAGAAGACCUUCAGGCAGCUCAGUCACCUGCAGCAGCACACACGAAACCACACUGAGGGCAAGCCCCACAAGUGCCCCCACUGCUCCAAGUCCUUCGCCAACUCCAGCUACCUGGCCCAGCACAUCCGCAUCCACAGCGGGGCCAAGCCCUACACCUGCUCCUACUGCCAGAAGACCUUCAGGCAGCUCAGUCACCUACAGCAGCACCACAGGAUCCACACUGGUGACCGACCGUACAAGUGUGUCCACCCAGGCUGUGAGAAGGCUUUCACCCAGCUCUCCAACCUGCAGUCUCACCGCCGGCAGCACAACAAAGACAAGCCGUACAAGUGCCACAACUGUAACCGUGGUUACACGGACGCGGCCAGCCUUGAGGUGCACCUGUCCACUCACACGGUCAAACAUGCCAAGCUGUACUCCUGUGGCCUCUGCAACCGCUCCUAUACCUCGGAGACGUACCUGAUGAAGCACAUGAGGAAGCACAACCCAGACCCCCUGACAGUGGCGGCAGCCGUGGCGGCACAGCAGGCCCAGGGCCAAACCCCUGGAGGCGGGCGGGGCAGGGGCCGCGGCCGGGGUGGAGGCAGGGGCGGAGGAGGAGGCCACGGAGGGGCGAGUCAGGUGCCGAAUCAAGCUAACCCCAACCCACCUCCAGUCAGCUACCAACAGACGGAAGGCGUGUCCUGUCCGUUUGAUUUGCACCAGUACAAGACGGUGUCUGCGGGGGAGAUCCAGUACAAACCAGUUAGCGUGGCGGAGCUGGUGGCACACAAGGACCUCUGUCUCACUGUCUCCACCUCGGCCAUUCAGGUGGAGCACAUGAACUCCUAGACGUUGAGAUGGAAGGCGGAAGGGUGGUGAGGUGGACGGACAGACCGAAGAGGAGAGCAGGAGAGAGGGAUGAACAGAUCAGAAUGGAGGGGUGCAGGAGAAGGACAGAAUGAAGGAGAGGAGAGACAGAAAGGAUCACUGAGGUGGAGGAGAUAGGACUAAAGUAAAUGAAAAAGCGACACUGCCUUGGAGAAGAGAAAUGGACAAUGGAGGUCCUAAUCAUGUAAUCAAGACGAGCCAAACAAAGGGCGGGGGGGGGUCAAAGAGACAAAGAAAAGGAUCAUGGGCUCUGGUUUAACGUCUAGUAUUGAACGAAUGAGACAGACUGUUCUAGAAUGCACUAAAGGAAGCAGAGGGAAGGGAUUGGCUGAAUCAAACGGGAAGGGAGAACGGACAGAAAGCACUUGAGGAUGCCUGUAUUUUAUCUUUGGUUUUUCAUCAUUGUCAUGUUGAGUUGUAUAUCUUCAUAUGUAUGUAUUUUUCUACCAAUAGUGUCAUGUGUGAGCGAUGAAGGGGAGCGGCAAGAGAGAGUGAGUGAGAGAGGUCAAGUGCUGGAGAACAUCUUUAAAAAAUAGGCUUUUGUAUUAAAAGAACAUUCAUUUUCAUCAUUUUCUAUCUUCCACCUAAAAGAAUGGUUGCUGUAUUGCAGAAGGCCACAGGAAGAUGGUAGAUGAAAUGACUGUCAGGUACUCUUUAACAAGUUGUUUUUUUAAGCCUUUCAUACAAACUAUUACUACCUUCGUUAUAAUAAUUGUAUGCAACUGUCAAUGUAAUCCCAUUGUUAUCGCUGCAAGGUUCCUGUAAGUAAGCUAUCAUAUAUAUAUAUAUAUAUAUAUAUAUAUAUAUAUAUAUAUAUAUAUAUAUAUAUAUAUAUAUAUAUAUAUAUAGAUAGAUGACUUUUUUCACUCAUAAAAGGGAAGACUGGUCUCUGUAAACAAAAAAGAGAUAUUCAAAUACGUAUGAAAAGAAACAAAAACAGUUCAUAAAAUGUCAUGGUUGUGUUCCAGGUCCAGUGCAUAACGGUCACGUUUCACAGAUUGCUGCAUCAUUAAAUCGUAUGGAUGAGGUUCAAACUGGGUCCAGCAUUAGAAUGGAUUUGAUGCUGAUCUGGGCUGAAAUGACCAAGUGCCUUGUGUAUGUGAGAUCCAAUUUGUCCAUUGAAUCAAUGGCUUUAGUGAGGUCUUACCAGCACGAAGCAUUUGGGAAACUCCAGAUCUCCACAAAUCUGGACACCGUGUUGGUCUCUGCAGAACACUGUCUAAAUGAGGUAUACUUUUGAUGUUGGAAUCUAUGCAACAUGACUGCAGUGCAGGCAGGUAAUAACUUGGCCAUUUUCCACGUGGGCUAUCUCUACACUGCUAUCUAAUCAUGGAGCUGCAUUUGGCCCAGCAGGCUCCUGAGUGGCUGGUUGUCUUUAUGUAUUGUAUUUCAUGAUGUGUCUUUUGAAAUAACACAUUUCUCAAUAUUCUUAUUAAUGUUGUUACUAUUGCUCCUAAUACAGUCCUUCUAAUUAUUAACUACCCCAGGUAUGCUACACUUGCUGUAUAUGCACAGUACACAUGUUCAUCUGAAGAGACAGUUUCUUCCUGUAUGAAUAAUAAAGUUUGAGACAGUU